CAGCUGAUACAAGCUACCUCUCUCUCUCCUCCUUUUUUUCUCCUAGGAAAACGAUUUGGUUGAUUUUCUUCAGUGAGUCAAUCGGUCAUCCUCUGAGUUUGUGCUCCCCGUGAAUCUAAAUCCAUCCAUACUAAAACCCAAGAAAAUAUCACGAAAAAAAUGUCAAAACCCUCAUCGUCAAGAAUUAUUAUUAGAUGUUUUCAUCACGUUUCAUCCAAAGUCUCCGCAGAUGCAGCUCCCACUAGCAGUGGCAUUUCCAAUUUCCUAUCAAAUAACUCAAAAACCAAUCAAAGUAGCACUUUUUCCACAUGGAUAUCAAAUUCUAGAAAAACCUAUUUGCCGGUAUCGCCCAAUGUUCCAAGAAUUUUCGAAAAAUUAGACCCAAAUGCCAAACUAUCGCCGAAUAGAAUUUUUCUUGGGUUCAGGUACAUUUCUUUUAAGGGUUAUGAAGUUGGUUCUAAGAAUUUUGCAAAAAAUGUGAUUCAAAACCCUGUGGGGGCGGUUAGGAACACAUUUUUGCGGUAUAGGGAGGCUGCGGGGUUGCACAUUGAGGCCUUCUGGAAGAGGAAUUAUCUGGCAAUUCUCGGUGCAGGUGGGGUUGUGGUAUGCAUUUUGCUGUGGAGGGUUUUGUUUGGCAUCGCCAGCACUUUUAUUAGCUUGUCUGAGGGAAUGGCAAAGUAUGGGUUCCUUGCUCUUUCAGCCGCUAUGGUUGCAUUUGCUGGCUUGUAUUUUCGUUCAAGAUUCACAAUCAAUCCUGAUAAAGUUUAUAGAAUGGCCAUGAGGCGACUUAAUACAUCGGCUGGAAUCCUUGAGGUUAUGGGUGCUCCUCUAACAGGGACCGAUUUGAGAGCAUAUGUGAUGUCAGGAGGGGGCAUAAACCUCAAGAACUUCCAGCCAAGGUUAAGAGGCAAAAGAUGUUUUCUUAUUUUCCCCAUACAAGGUUCCGAGAGGAAGGGCUUAGUCAGCGUUGAAGUGAAGAAGAAGAAAGGCCAGCAUGAUAUGAAGCUAUUGGCAGUUGAUAUUCCCAUGGCAAGUGGACCUGAUCAGCGAUUGUUCUUGAUUGGGAACGAAGAAGAGUAUAGGAUUGGUGGUGGUCUAAUUUCUGAACUGCGGGAUCCUGUUGUCAAGGCAUUAGCAGCAACUAAGGAGUUUGAAGAUCGUGAUCAAUUGGAGGACGAAGAGGAUGCUGAAAGGGAACUUCAAGAAGCCGAAAGAAAACACCGUGAAGAAAUUGAAAAGCUUGAAAAAGGCGAUUCACAGUGAUACUCUUUGAGUUUUUCUUUAUUUUCCCUUUUUCUUACCUUAAAUUUGUGUUAAAAUGUUUUUUCGUUAAAUUUGGUGUAACAUGGAGUAAAAAGGGUUGAUACCAUCUGACAAAUCUUUGCACAUAACAAUUUGACAUGGCAAAGUGAGAUAAUAAUCAUGUUUUCGAGGAUGUUUGAGGGCUAAAGAGUUUCUUCCAACAUUGUGCGUCUACUUAAUGAAAUUAUGAUUAUGUUUA